AUGCUGACAACGAAAGCAAAGAUGAAACUGUUGAGGUCAAGCCUUGUCGAGUGCAGCAGCGGUCAUCUGGUGGCGGUACUCUUUACGGUGUUGCUACCAUUGGUUCGGGCACAGGAUUAUGAUGUGACGGACAUACAGUGUUCGUUUGCCUCGCAAGGCUCGAACCUGGGCGACAUCAUAACGGCAAAGCUGAAGAAACCGAUCGGCUUCAAAGGUGCACCACUGUUCGCGGACGAUCGGGGUGUGAAUCCGGAAACUGAUUUUGCCUGCUCCAUCAAGCAGGAUCGUAAAGAUGUGAGCGAGCUGGCGUACGAUUUGAAGAUUACCGAUUUCUCACGGUGCGGCGUGCUGAAAAGAAAUGGGUUCGUGCAUGUCCGCAUCUGGUUUCCGCAAUUUCCCUCGGUGGUAAUGCAAUCCGAUCAGGAGCUGAUCAUCAUGUGUAAACCGCCGGAACCUACCGUUAUCCAGAAUAAGGCUGCCGGUUUCGCGGGAAGUUUUCCUCACGGUGCACGCGUUUCCGGCGUGGUCGAAGAGACUCCCGGGCGGCUAGAGUACGAGGUGGCACUGUACAAGGAAGCGCCGCCGAUCGCGCGGAUUAGCGGCAAUCUGGCAGGAUUGAAGAACCAUUCGUCGUCCUCGCUGCCGGCCGUAACAAACAACGAAGUUCCGGUCGAUCAGGCGGUACCGAUCGGUACGAAGCUACAGCUGCGGGCCCGCAUUAGCUCGCAGAGCGUUUGGAAGUACGUGAAGCUGAUGGAGGUAACGGUAUCGCCCGACCCAGACGAUCCGCAUGCACAAGGAUCGGUUUCGCUGGUACGCGACGGGUGUCGGAACCGUGACUUUGCGUCGAUCAUUCCACACCAACCGGCACGGUAUCGGGAUAAGCCGAACGAAGUGUUUCUCGAUUUUGAAGCAUUUUUGCUGAGCUCGAUGAAGGAGCGGAGCACGCUGUGGAUUCAUUCGCAAAUUAAGGCGUGCAUGGACGCGAUGGACUGUCAGCCCGACUUCUGUCUGGAUAUGUAUGAACCUUCCAAGCGACUUGGCAGAAGACGGCGCGAUGAGCAGUCGCGCAACCGUACGGAGUAUACAAAGUUUAAGGAAAACAUCGAGUAUACGGUCAUUAUGCCGGGCGAGUAUGACGAUGCGAUGCGCUACCAACAGAAUCCGGAGCAGUGUAAAAACUUUGUCGUCAUAUCGGGACUACUAGCCGCACUGUUGGCCCUUUCCACCGUUAUAACCUGUGGGCUAGCGUCACGUAUGCAGGGCAGCGGCAAAAAGAGCAUCGACGAACUCAACGCGAAAGGAUAUUCUGGCCGUGCGAUUGUGCAGUAA